UAAAUGAUAGGUCGUAACUUCGGUGUCAUUACUUGUGAGCCAUGCAAAGCCUUUUUUAGGAGAAAUGGCCUCAAAGAUCAACCAAUGUAUUGUCCAUCAAAUGGCAAAUGCAUUAUAAAUCCAUUGACGAGACAGAUAUGCAAAAAGUGUAGACUCAAUAAGUGUUUUGCUAUGGGAAUGAAAAAGGAAUUAAUCCGAAAUAAUGAGCAAAAUAAAAGAAAAAAGCAAUUAAUAAUUGAAAAUAAAUUCAAACAAAUGCAAAUCAACGCAAACCCCAAACUUAAUCCUCAAAACAAUUUAUUAAUUAAUGAAAACAAUGUUGAGUUUGACUUAAAGUGCAAUCCUUUUGAGAAUUUAAUCUAUAAUAAUUCGGACAAACAAAUUAUGCAAACAGUUAUUAAUGAUACAGAUCUUAAUAAUACAACUAAUAAUCACAUCCAAUGUUAUAAACAAAAUUUAUCACAAGAAUUGUCUAUCAUUUACAUAAGCAAUGAAUUAACAGAUUAUAACGGAUUAAAGCAAUUGGAAAUCAAUCGGAUAUCGGAGUUAAUGAUGGCUUCGGAUGUAUUAAACUAUCCGUUGAUUAGUAACGGCUUAACGUAUAAAAUGGAGAAUUUGGAGGAAUUAAUUAAAAAGUUUUCGUAUAUGAAUGAAAAACUCAUAACAGAUAUAAUUAGUUUCACAAAAGGUUUGAUGGGUUUCAACAAUAUGUGUGCCGACGAUAGGUUAGCGUUAGUUAAGUACAACACCAAAGAUAUCAUCUCUAUCUGCACUCUAAGACAUUAUGAUAGAGAGACCGAAUGUUUUGUAACACCAAUAGGAAAUGAAUAUUCAUUGCAGAAAUUCCUAUCGGAAUGGGAUUAUAAAGAUCCUAUUAUUAUAAACCUGUUGAGGGCAAUCAUACUGUUUAACCCAAAUCAACCAAACACGAUGGCAAACUUUAAUUGUCUUGAAAUGAAAACAAACUCAGGAUGUUAU